GUCUUUCCAAGGUUUUGUAUAAUAUGACUUGAACAUGAUGCGGCGCCAAAUUCCAGAGGGGUGGACUGUGAAGAAGCUCUCUUACAAUGGAAUGAGUGAUACCCUACAACAAACCAAAGGCGAGACUGACCCGCAGUAAUAAUCGACCUGUCUCACCACCUGUGUUCAUGUGGCAUGUUAAGUACCCCGGACGGUGGACCUGGGGUUCACUUCAUCACUGCACGCUGGCAGAGAUGCCUCGGUACUUUUCCAAACAAAUACCAGACAUGCCUUGACACCACAUCGUCCUCCGCUUCUGCUUAUGCCAGCCGCCCUCCCCCGUUCUUCUAUUUCUUCAGUUAAUAAAUCACGUACGCCUUCUCAUUGAAGUGGUCUUGAUCACCCUCCCACGAGACUUGUCCCCCGUCCUCUUGAUCUCGAGAACCACGGUGUUUACGAGAAACCGCUUCCCACCGCCUGUGACUAUCCCUCUCAAUCCACGCCAUCCGCACGACUAGACACGAUGUCGUCCCCUCAGAAACUCAGAACAACCGCCACCGAUUUGCUCGGGAUCAAGCAUCCGGUGCUGCUGGCCGGCAUGAACGUUGCAGCUGGACCAAAAUUAGCCGCCGCAGUGACCAAUGCUGGGGGUCUGGGUGUCAUUGGAGGUGUUGGGUAUACUCCGGAUAUGCUUCGCGAGCAGAUCGCCGAGAUUAAGAGUUACUUGAACGACAAGAACGCCCCUUUUGGUGUCGACCUUCUUCUUCCCCAGGUCGGUGGCAGUGCACGAAAGACAAACUAUGACUACACAAAGGGGAAACUCAACGAGCUGGUUGAUAUCAUCAUCGAUUCUGGCGCUAAACUCUUUGUUUCUGCCGUCGGUGUCCCUCCAAGGGCCGUCGUGGACAAACUGCACAAGAACGGGAUUUUGUACAUGAAUAUGAUUGGUCACGUCAAGCAUGUGAAGAAGUGCCUAGAUCUGGACGCCGACUUGAUCUGCGCCCAAGGAGGCGAGGGUGGUGGCCACACAGGCGAUAUCCCAACCAGCGUGCUCAUUCCUGCCGUUGCCAAAAUUUUGGCUGAUGCCCCACCCUCGAAAUUUACUGGCAAACCAGUGCAACUUAUAGCAGCCGGUGGAAUGUUCAAUGGACAAUCUCUUGCCAGCGCUCUGAUGCUAGGUGCGUCAGCAGUCUGGGUCGGCACUCGGUUCGUCCUGUCCAAAGAGGCCGGUGCUUCCCAGGCACACCAAGAGGCUGUCCGGACCGCAGGCUUCGAUGACAAUGUACGCACCAUCAUCUUCACUGGACGGCCACUCCGCGUUAGAAAUAACGAAUACAUCCGCAACUGGGAAGAAAACCGACAGGCUGAGAUCAAGGCUCUGACUGAGAAGGGCGUCAUUCCGGUGGAGCAUGACUUCGAAACGAAAGGCGACGACUUGACUGACGAGGACAUGGAUAACGCCCGCCCUUUCUUGAUGGGCAAGGCCGCUGCUAUCGUGAACGAGAAGAAAUCGGCACGAGAAAUUGUCGACGAGUUCGUCAACCAGGCAGUUGAAUGCUUGCAGAAGGGGAACGCAUUGAUCGUUUCGCAAAGCAGACUAUAGCUCGUAUCAUAGGGUUGUGGCUUGCUAGGACAUGGCUAAAUAUAUGUCUUGACCACAAACCGGCAUGGCGACAACAGACUGUAGUACCUAGCCUUGGACCGUCACUUUUGAACAAGAGGUACUGUAUUAGACUAUUAGGUACGAUACAUGCGAGAUGGACGAUAUAAGGGCAGACCUGGAGUCUGCAUCGACAUCGAAUUGAACUGCACGCCGCCCUUAGUCACCUGGGAGUGGCAACUGGUCGUGAUUACUAAGCGGCGAACUGCGCUCUGCUUG